AUGACUGUCUUCCCUCGGACUUAUCAUAUGGAACUUGGUGCUGCUGAGAGUGUUGAUCUUCCAUAUUACAGCUCCAUUAAGGUACAUCGGUUGAUGUGCUCGGAGCUGAAGAAACUCAUCGAUAGCGUUUCAUACAUGUUUUCAGCUCUCGAGGCAGCUCGGCCACGAUGCACACCAGGAGUUCGUGCAUUGUGCACAUUGCAGUCUGCAAUGGAUAAAGCCAAUUUACUAAUCCAGCACUGUUCUGAAUCCAGCAAAUUCGACUUGGUACUUCUUAAAUUUUACUUUUCUGUUUGUAUAAGAAGUAAAAGAAGUUUGCAUGAAAGGAUUCAGCUGAAUUUAGGCAUUGAUAUCAUGGUCCCAGGUGGUUAUUUUAUUAUGAAAUAAAUUCCCAUGUUAGCACAUCAUAUCAUUGUAUUUUAUUUUUGUUCUUUACUCGAACUCGGAUGUGAAAAUUAGAUACAGGUAUGUUUCCGACACCGGUGUGUUCAAUU